AUGCCUCCGAUCACUUUCUCUGACCGAGAUUUCCGUGGCGUCGAUCCCGUCCAGGACGACCCCAUGGUGAAGCGAGCCGUCCAAGACAAUAAAGACUUGUUUGCAUGGACGGCGUCGGACAUGCCAGGGAUAGAUCCAAAGUUCCUGUGUCACCGACUGGCCGUAUGCCGAGAUGCCCGGCCAGUUGCCCAAAAAAAGAGGAAAAUGGGAGAUGAGAAGAGAAAGGCUGCGAACGUCGAGGUGCAAAAACUGUUACAAGUAAAGUUCAUUCGAGAGGUCACCUACACCACUUGGCUAGCUAAUGUGGUGUUGGUCAAAAAGUCGAAUGGGAAGUGGAGAAUGUGCACCGAAUACACCGACCUUAAUAAAGCCUGCCCCAAGGACGCUUAUCCACUCCCCUGCAUCGAUCGACUCGUUGACGGCGCGUCUGGACACUCUAUUUUCAGCUUCCUAGACGCAUACUCAGGUUACAACCAAAUAAAAAUGUACCCGGCCGACGAAGAAAAAAAGGCGUUUAUCACUGAGAACGCCAACUUUUGUUAUAAGGUGAUGCCGUUUGGGUUGAAGAACGCCGGGGCAACCUAUCAAAGGUUAAUGGACAAAGUCUUUCGGGGUCAAAUCGGCCGAAACAUCGAAAUUUAUGUGGACGACAUGGUGGUGAAGUCCAACUCCAUGGCCGAUCAUGUAGCCGACCUGGCCGAAAUAUUUGGGGAAUUGCGCAAGCACAAUAUGAGGCUCAACCCCGAGAAAUGCACCUUCGGGGUCAGGGGAGGCAAAUUUCUAGGUUUCAUGCUAUCUGCAAGAGGCAUUGAAGCAAACCGAGACAAAUGCCAAGCUGUGAUAGAUAUGCGAAGCCCGAGCAACCUCAAGGAACUGCAACGUCUUUCAGGAAGAUUAGUCGCCUUGUCACGAUUCCUCCCGCGUCUAGGCGACAAAAUUAGCCCGAUGACGAAGCUUUUGCGAAAGGCCUCAGCCUUCUCGUGGGAUGAACCAUGUGAAGAAGCCUUCAUGGCGUUGAAAGCAGCACUAGCGACGCCACCGAUCUUAACGAGACCUGAUCCUUCGAGGCCACUUUUGGUAUACCUGGCCGUGUCCGAAGAUGCGAUCAGCUCGGUUUUGGUGCAAGAAAAAGAAGGCACCCAAGCUCCUGUAUACUUCGUUAGCCGACUCUUGCAGGACUCCGAAACCCGGUACCAGCUGAUAGAGAAGGCGACACUCGAAUUAGUGCACACAUCCCGACGCCUCCAGCAUUAUUUCCAGAGCAACCGAGUUGUUGUCCACACCGACUACCCAAUUUCGAAAGUCUUAGGCAAACCUGAGCUUGCCGGGAGAAUGAUGGCUUGGUCGAUCGAGCUCUCGCAGUUCGACAUCACCUUCAAGCCGAGAGGGCCGAUCAAAGCUCAAUGCUUGGCUGACUUCAUAAACGAGCUACACCCUCAGGGCCAGUUCGAAGAGCACUGGUGGACCCUCCAUGUUGACGGUUCUUCAAAUUGCCGAGGAAGCGGAGCAGGAGUCAUUCUAGAAGGACCCAAAGGGAUAGUUUUAGAGCAAUCCCUCCGCUUUCGGUUCAAAGCCUCGAACAACCAAGCCGAAUAUGAAGCCUUAUUGGCCAGGUUGAGACUAGCCGAAGACAUGGGCGCUUCGAGACUUAAAUGCUUGACCGACUCUAAGGUGGUGGCCGAGCAAGUAGGCGGUAACUUUCAGGUUAAAGAUCACAACAUGAUGAAGUACUACCAUGCCUAUCAAAAGUUAAAGGCAAAGUUUCAAGAGGUGUCAGUCGACCACAUCCCGCGUGAGGAUAACGCCCGAGCCGACCAGUUGGCUCGGCUGGCCGCAACCAAGAGGCCGGGCCAUUUGAGAACCAUCAUUCAACAGGAGAUUGACCGCCCAAGUGUCGAGACAGAAACAGUCGCAAACGUCGAGGCCGAUCGUGCCGAAAUUAAUGACCCUCCAGACUGGCGAGAUGAAAUCAAAGCAUUUCUCACCAACGGAAUCACACCAGUCGAGCCGGCCGAAGCCAAACAGUUGAGAACACAAGCCAACAGAUACGUUGUCAUCGCUGAUCAACUGUACAGACGUGGCUUCUCUACCCCAUUGCUUAAGUGUCUAAACACCUCUGAGGCUGAUUACGUGAUGAGAGAAGUGCACGAGGGCAUCUGUGGAAUGCACUCGAGAGCUAGGACGACCGCUACUAAACUAGUGCGAGCUGGCUAUUACUCGCCGACCAUGGGCACCGAUUGUGCCAUGUUUGUGAAGAAGUGCCAACCCUGUCAAAAACACGACAACUUGAUUCAUCAACCAGUCGAGCAGUUGCAUUGCAUUCUCCCAGCAUGGCCGUUCGCCACAUGGGGAGCCGACAUACUCGGACCUUUCCCGGUUGCCAAGGGACAAUGCAAAUUCCUCAUCGUUGCUGUGGACCUGUUCACCAAGUGGAUCGAAGCCGAGCCCCUAGCGUGUAUCUCGGCGCAUCAAGUCCAAAAAUUCUUAUGGAGGACUAUCAUCACGCGAUUCGGCGUCCCGCACACCCUGCACAAGGUCACAUCGGUCGAGCAUCCGCAAACGAACGGCCAGGCCGAGUCCGCCAAUAAGGUUAUCCUAACAGAAUUGAAGAAGCGGCUAGGGGAAGCAAAGGGAGCAUGGGCCGAGCAAUUGCCCGAGGUAUUACGGGCUUACAGGUGCACUCCUCAGUCGACUACUCAAGAAACCCCUUUUCGCCUAGUUUAUGGAUCCGACGCGAUGAUCCUAGUGGAAAUCGGAGAACCAUCAUUCCGCCAAGCCCACUUCGAUGAAGCAAACAACGAGGCCGAGCUCAGGAUAAACCUAUACAUGGUAGGGGAAAUUCGAGACCGAGCACUAGUAGUUGCCGAGACCACCAAACGACGAUACAAGAGAAGAUUUGACAGCAAGGUAAAACCUAGAGAAUUCCGAGAAAGAGACCUCGUUUGGAGAACCACAGGCGAGGCGAGGAAAGAUCCGAGACAGGGAAAACUUGCCCCAAACUGGGACGGUCCUUUCCGAAUCUGGCACAACCUGAACAACGGAGCAUACAAGUUGGAGUACCUGUCAGGAGAACCGAUUCCGAGAACUUGGAACUCCUCACACCUAAAGAUGUAUUAUAGUUGA